UAGACCGUCUGUUAACGUUUUUUUUAUUCAACUGGCAACAUUUUCGUGUUGUACUCAAAAUUUUGAUUUGACAGAUCCGCCAUGCCAUAAAGCGCUUGUGUGUAAAUUUUACUGUGCAAAAAUAAAUAAACUGCUUACGGUUAUUCGUUGAUUAGUUUUGCCGUAAAUAGCAAUGGCUAUUGUAGAGGACGAAGUACGGAACGAGUCGGAGGAGGAGAAUGAGAUAGAGGUCGUGGUGGAAGAGGACGACGCAGACCAAGACUCGGAUGAGUCCGACGAUGACGAUGAUGAGGAAGUGUUGGAGAGAAAAGUUGCAGAAUUGGAGCAAAGGAUUUCCGAGGAUCCCUACAACUAUGAUGAGCAUAUUGAGCUCAUCCAGGCUUUAUGGGGACUCUCAGAGCUGGACCGCUGGCGUGCGGCGUUCGACCGACUCCAACAGAUGUUUGUUCUGAAGGACGUUCAUUGGCUGCUUCGGAUCCAGACUGAGGAGACUUUAGCACACUCACCUGAAGCUAAAGAGCAGUUAGUUGAGAUGUUCAGGCAGGCUUCGUUGGAUUGCUAUUACAUCCCAAUCCUAACAGAGUGGUGCUCGUGGUCGCUCGGAGCUGGCGCGGACUCGGCUCGGGCGCACCUCGAGGAGGUCCUGCGGCUGGCUGGUCCUGAUCCUCUCUCUGGGAAGCUGUUCUGGGACGCUAAGAGAGAAUUGGAAAAGGCACAGCUUGAAUCUAUGAGUGCUGAUGACCCCGAUUACAAGAAACAGCGCGAGCGAACCCUAUUCUGCCUCGAGGAGACGGUCUCCCGACCCUUACUGAAUGGUGAAGAAGCCUGGCCGCAGUUCCAAGAACUAGCUUCCGCUAUGCAUGGACAGGACUACGUGGACAAGGUCAAGAAGCAACAUGAUGCUGCUACAGAGUACUUACAGAAGAUCACACCUUAUGAGGACAAACUUUUGACCGUGGAGAAUCCUGAAGAAAAGUGCAAAGUGUAUGAAGAGUACAUAGACAAAGUGAAAGAGUUGUCACACGAGGAGAAGUACGCGGACUGUGACAGCAAUGGAAUACUUAAGGUGCUAUACGACCGUGCUACAUCCGAAUGCAUCAACUGCGAGGGCGCUUACAAUUUACUGGUCGCAUGGGCGCGACACUCGGCGCGACACUCCAGUCGUGCGACUCAGUCGCGCGUUCUGUCGGCGUGCACGCGCCGCCGGCCGCGCCGAGCUACGUUCUGGCUGCUUACUAUGCAGCACGCGGAACACGAGGGCAAGGGAGUUGAUGAGGUGAAGACAAUCUUUGAAACAGCGCUAUCCAAGGGCAUGGAAUCGUACAAACAAGCCGAGUCUCUCUGGCUGGGGUACCUGGAAUGCCUGCGCCGCAGCUGCGCCUUCGACAACGAGCCGGACGUGGAGCGCCUGCGACGCACCUUCCGGCUCGCCUGGGACUCUCUCGCCGAGGCGUGGGGCGAGGAAGCGAACGACUGCGAGGUGCCGCUGUACUGGGCGCGUUUGGAGUACAACCGCAUGAAGGACCCCAAGCAGGGCAAGGAGAUCUUUGAGGAAAUAUUCAAAUACGGCGAAAACAAAACCAUGUCCAAAUACUGGGAGGCGUACAUCAAUCUAGAAUCCCACCGCCAACCCUCCCUGUCCGAGAACAAACUGCGCGAGCUGCACCGGCGGGCGCUGCGCUUCGUGGCCGACUACCCGCCCGCCGCCGCCCGCCUCUGGACCGACUACGAGCGCGACUACGGCCAGCUGGCCACCGCCACCGAGUGUCAACACUUGUGUGAGGCAAAACUAAAAGAAUGGCGGGACAGCUACCAAGCAAUGAAAGACAAAAUGACCAAUCAAAAGAAAGGUAACAAACAGCCUCAAAAUAAAAAGGGCAAAUUCGAUAAAAAGAAGAAAGAGGAAGACAAACCAAAGAAAGGGAAGAGGAAAUCUGACGAGAGCGCACAAGAUAGCGAGGUCAAGAGGAAAAAGGACAGCAGUAUGGAAGUCGAUGAGAAGGUGAAGGAAGGGGAGAGUGGUGCUUUAAAACGAUCUCAUGAGGACGAUAGCAGUGAAGGUGUUGAUAAUAAGAGGCAGCGGACAGAGAACGCGAAAAGUGCGCCUAGAGUUAGCGGCAACGAGGCUUGCACUCUCUUCGUUAGCAAUCUAGAUUACAAUGUAAACGAGAAAAAUCUCCGCGACAAGUUGUCAGAGUACGGCGAAGUGGUGUCGCUGCGGGUGCGAGCCGGCGUUAAAGCCUUCGGCGGCUCCAUCUGCUACUGCCAGUAUUCCACAACAGAAGCAGUAGACGAAGCGAUAAAACACGACCGCACACCCCUAGACGGACGACCGAUGUUCCUCUCCCGCUACUCGGCGUCCAAAACGAAAGGCUCCUUCAAGUACGCCACGACAGUCGAGAAGAACAAACUGUUCGUGCGCAACCUUCCGUUCUCGCACUGCACGCGCGAGCGGCUCACGGAGAUAUUCGAUAAAUAUGGGAAACUUAGUGAUAUUCGAGUUGUCACAUUCAAAGACGGCAAGCCAAAAGGCCUAGCGUACGUCGACUACGAAGACGAAAAGAGCGCGGCCGAAGCGGUAGAGAAAACCAACGGCAUGCUGGUCGCCGACAGGAACAUCGAGGUGGCCGUCAGCGCGCCGCCGCCGCGCGCGCCCGCCGCGCCGGCGCCGCUCGGCCAGCCCAAGCGGGACUCCGGAGGGGGCAUGCGACGAACACAACUGAGCAGCUUCAUCCCCAGCGUCCUGCAAAAGCCAAUACCUUCCACCUCCACGUCGGCAGCGAGCGGCUCCAACGGCGCCAACGGCCACGCCAGCGACGCGCGCCCGCUUAGCAACAGCGACUUUAGGACCCUGCUGCUUAAGAAGUAGGCUAACACUUGUAUUAGCUCUUUUAUAAAUAAUGGUUCGAAUGAUGGUGCAGUUUUGUGUAACACCGGUUGACGGGUGUAAUGUGAAUUUUCGGCGUUUUCUUUCGUCAAUCUGAAGGUGACGCGAGCAAAGUGCGCCCGCUUAGCAACAGCGACAGGACCUUGCUGUUUAAGAAGUAGGCUAAGUUAGCUAAGGCAUGUGACUCUUGUGGGCUAAUAUUACUGGUGUUUCAGCUAGUUCAUUUGACACGUCGAAUAGCCUCUACAUUUGGUGGGAUUCAAUGACAUUUUUGGUGGUUUGUUAGUAGUCAAGGAUUUUUACCAGAUUACCGAAAACAUCAUCGAAAUAUCGAAAUGCAAACACUUCGUUAAUAAACACGUCCGAAUAAAUUAGAAGGACAUAAAAUAUAUAGCUAAGAGCUAUAAAGAAAUGUUUAGAUGGUGCAGUUUUGUAGCCGGUCGACGGGGUGAUGAAUUCCACCUGUUCUAUUUCUUGGUCCAAUGUGUAUUUGUGUCUCACAUUGUGCUUAAUGAGAAAGUGAGACGCAAUGCACAUUGGCCAGGUGAAAUACCAGGUUAAGCUGACUUUUCAGCGUUUUGCGGGGUUUUCUUUCGUCAAUUCAACGGUCACACGAGCGAAGCGCACACGAUCAGUAACAGCGGUCUUAAGACCUUGCUGCUUAAAAAGUAGAAUAAGACUUGUAUGGCUCUAUUAUAAAGGAUUGUUUUAAAUGAUGCAGUUUUGUAUAAAAUCCGUUGAUGGGUUUGAGGUGAAUUUACCGUUGUUAUUUCGUCAUCCUCAACAAAUAUGACGAUAAGCAGAUUUUUUAUGUACUCUAAGCAAAAAUAUUGGCUUAGCACCUCUGCAUAAAUAUAUGCCCAAUAUAUAGUGUAGGGGACACUAAUAUGUAUGCUAAGCUAAUAGUUUUGCUGACUAUACCUAAGCGAAAGAUAGUACGGACGGACUGAUUGGGAAUCAGCAUUUGAUUUUGCUGACCAUUUUCCUUCCAUUGUGGUAAGAUGUGUGACGAUAAAACGCGCGGUUAAACUCUACAAUUCACCCUUUCAUGUGAUUUCAAGCUUUUUCUACAAAUUUUAUAAACUUAAGUGGUUUUUGAUAUGCACGAGGUCUGUACCUUUUGAAACUCGUGUACGAGAGAUGAUUUUUUUUAUCGCCAACGCGGUUAUAGUCAGAAAGUUGAUGAAGGUUUCUUUUAAAGUUCAAUCUAGGUCAAAAAGUUUACGCAUAUUUCGUGUUUUUAUUUCAUGGAAAUGUAACAAAGUUGUGGAACAUCUUUACCCAAAAUUUAAUUUUUCCAGUAAUUGAAUUACAUGAUACCUAUUUGGCUAGCAGCGCCCUUUAUAAGCAAUGGUGGAAUUAGGGUUUUUAAUUAUAAGAGUCACCACCACCAGUGAAAUCAACUUAGAAAUAUAGGAAUAUAAGAGUUGCUCUACAGAUUUCGAGUGGUUAUGGCCAGUGUAAAUAGUAGAAGUAUCGUAUUCGAAUGUGUAUGUUUUUUUUAUGAUGUUAUGUGAAAUAAACGCUCACGAUUCCACCUAUUUGAUUCUCUAUUUCGACAGAGCCUUCUUUAAUAACAAUAAUAAACAGAAUCGUUUACGUUUAUACGAAAGCUUGAUCUCUUAUGGAUAUUAAUAUGCAUGUAAUACACAUAGCUGUCCAAUCAUCGAUAUUGAAAUUAUUAUUUUUAUAUUAAAUUUAAGAGGUCAUUGUGCGUUAAUGGCCUUGACAGAGCUGUCUGAUGUCAAUAGGCGGGUCCACACAGAGCAAACAUAAGCGCGAGGCAAUUUCCUCGCGCACAAAAUGGCCAGUGUAGACGUGCCUCGGUCGAGGCGGCGCGCGCAUUUUCCUCUCCUGAGCGAUCAUUCUGUGUGGACCCUUCUAAUUGCGAAACUGUAGUCAAACUACUAAGAUAUACCAAGGGAUCCGUUUUGUAAAUUUUAACUAUCUUAAAGUGGCAAAUUGCACUGAAUUAGCAGUUAUAGAUUAUGUAAUAAAACAGAGCCAGUAGUAGUACAGGGCUACCUAAAUAAUUAAAAUAGUUGAUCCAAUGAUUUACUGUAAAUCUACACUCUUAGGUGUACUAUUGUAUCUAAUAAGCCGCGGCUGGUUCUGGUAGCGUUGUCAUCUUUAAACAUAUUUCGAUAUAAAAUUUAACACAGACGAAAAUGUCAUUUGUAAGUAUUGUGCUUAAGUUUCAAACUAAAAUAUAUCGGCUGUGAACAAAUUCACAUCUGUCCUGUUUUUUUUACAUUUACAGCGCUACCAAAAAUCUGUGCCGAUAUGAUUUUGUGUAUAGCUAAAAUUGUCUAAGAUGAACUUCUUGAUGACGUAACCCGUUUAAAUAUCGCCCUAGAUACAAGCAAGAAAUAAUAUUCAUAGGUGUUGGUAAGUUCAUCCGACAUGACGCAAAGAAAUCUUUUUGUUUGUUUUUUGAUAAUCCAGUAUCUGACUGGGAAUAUAGCGGGUGUUUUGUUUCUCAAUAAUGUGAGAAUCCAGAUAUUUAUUUGUAUGGUUGCGAGUAGCUGCCGUGAGGAUGAAUAAAUUGAUUACAUAUUUGUUUUAUA